AAGUGUUGUGGCAGGGUUUUUGAGAGUUAGGGCUUACAACCCAGUUCUUUCUGUGUUUGACACUUGCAUAGUCAGCGUCAUGCAGCUGGAUAAUGUCACCAAUGCGGGCAUCCACUCCUACCAGGGGCACCGUGGAGUGGCCAACAAGCCCAAUGUGAUUUUGCAGAUAGGGAAAUGUAGGGCAGAAAUGUUGGAGCAUGUCAGGAGGACCCAUCGGCACCUCCUGUCUGAGGUGUCCAAGCAAGUGGAGCGCGAGCUGAAAGGCUUGCAGAAAUCAGUGGGCAAGUUAGAGAAUAACUUAGAGGACCAUGUCCCAACUGAUAACCAAAGAUGGAAGAAGUCCAUCAAGGCCUGCCUGGCCAGGUGCCAGGAAACCAUUGCCCAUCUGGAGAGGUGGGUCAAGAGGGAGAUGAAUGUUUGGAAGGAGGUCUUUUUCCGUCUAGAGAAGUGGGCUGACCGUCUGGAGUCCAUGGGAGGCAAAUAUUGCCCUGGGGACCAUGGCAAGCAGACUGUGUCUGUUGGGGUGGGAGGCCCAGAGAUAAGGCCAAGUGAGGGGGAGAUUUAUGACUAUGCCCUUGAUAUGAGCCAAAUGUAUGCACUGACCCCUCCUCCUGGGGAGGUUCCCAGCAUCCCCCAGGCCCAUGAUUCCUACCAGUGGGUCUCUGUGUCGGAGGAUGCUCCAGCCUCCCCAGUGGAAACCCAGGUCUUUGAGGAUCCCAGGGAGUUUUUGAGCCACUUGGAGGAAUACUUAAAGCAGGUGGGUGGAACAGAGGAAUACUGGCUGUCUCAGAUCCAAAAUCACAUGAACGGCCCAGCUAAAAAGUGGUGGGAAUAUAAGCAGGACUCUGUCAAGAACUGGGUUGAGUUCAAGAAGGAGUUCCUGCAGUACAGCGAGGGGACUCUGACUAGGGAUGCUAUCAAAAGGGAGCUAGAUUUGCCCCAGAAAGAGGGCGAGCCCCUGGACCAGUUCCUUUGGCGCAAGAGAGACUUGUACCAGACCCUCUAUGUUGAUGCAGAUGAGGAGGAAAUCAUCCAGUAUGUGGUAGGCACCCUCCAGCCCAAACUGAAGCGCUUCUUGAGCUACCCCUUACCCAAGACCUUAGAGCAGCUGAUCCAAAGAGGGAAGGAAGUCCAAGGCAACAUGGACCACUCUGAGGAACCCAGCCCACAGAGGACCCCUGAGAUUCAAUCAGGAGAUUCUGUGGAUAGCGUGCCUCCCUCAACCACUGUCAGUCCUGUGCCCAGCAAUGGGACUCAACCUGAGCCCCCCAGCCCACCCGCUACUGUCAUAUGAGCUAGUCCAAGGGAGGCGUCAGUCUGGCUUAUGUGAAAGGGAGAAGGGGGCGUAUUUAGGAAGCUUCUCCUUGAAGUGAGGUUCUGGCUGAGACAUGACAUGUGCUCAGUCCAACAGCCCAUAGCAGAGGACUUUGUGGGGGGAGGGAAGCGAUGGGGGAGAGGCACCUUCAAAUGUGGCUGCCCACUUCACCUGAGCCAUGCAAUACGGUGGUGCUGGAGAUACUGCUUACACCACUGUGGGGAACGGACAAUUUUAUGAGAUCCCUGACAAAGAAACUAGAGACAAUUCCCAACUUCAGAAGCAGCCACUUGGCACUCGUGGCUUUCAAGGACUUCCAACAAGUGCAGCAAUAGGCUGAGGGUUCCUACCCAUCUGGAUCUCUCCUUCUACUUCUCUCCUC